AUGUUUUAUGAAAAUUUAAUUCCUUAUUAUGCCCCGUAUGACGAAGAAAGCUUUCUUCGUCAAGUGGAUACAUUUAAUCAGCAACAACAACAACAACAACAACAACAAACUUCCUUUUAUUAUAGUAAUAAAAUAAAAGAGUAUGCGUCAUCAUCUUUAUUAAAUUCGUCGAUACUAAAUAAUCCAGCAACUUCUGCGUCAUCUUCUUUUUUUCCAACAUUACAAAAUAAUUCUUUAUCAAAGAAGGUUGUUCAUUCGACGGAUGCUUUAUCUUUCUGCCAUACAAUAUAUAUAACAAUUAAAAAACAUCGAAAUACACCAUCAUGUUCAUCAUCGUCACCAUUAAUUAAUUAUACGCAUCAAUCACCCGAAGAAUCUCAGUUACUUUUGUUACCCGACAUUUGUUGUACAAUACCAGCGACUUCAAAUACACCGACAAGUAAUACUCUUCUCAGUCCUAUUGUGUCUGAACCAGGUAGUUCUAUAAUAAAAUCAACGAAUUUUACCGGUUCAGUACCGACAACUCGAUCUGAAAUACGUCACAAAAGCGAAAUUGAAAUAGAAGUUAAACAUGAAAAACAAAGACAAACAAAUAAUAAUAACAAUAAUAAUAAUAAUGCAUCUCCGUCAUCAACUUCAUCCUAUCCACCCGUUAUACGUCCAACUGCAAUAACAAAUAAACGAGCACCAACAAUACUUUUCGAUGAACAAACGGGAUCCCAACCAUAUCAACAAACAAAACGCCGUAUUUUAACCAACUCAAUUCAAACUCAAACACCGCCCUUACAAAUAAAUCAACAUGAUCAUCAUGCACAACAACAACAACAGCAACUUAAAGCACUUACAGAUGAAUCACUAUCUAAAAAUGAAAAGAUCCAAGCUAUUCUACGCGAACUCACUGAUUAUCAGGCGAUAAUCAAACAGCAGGAACAACAAUUGACGAAUGGUAAAAAGGACCGUGAUCAAUUGUGCUUUAUUGUCGAUGAGCGUUCGAAUGAAUUACGUAAUCUAAAGCAAAAGAAUGAACGAUUGGAGCAAAUGAUAAGAAAUGAUGAAGAACAUAGCAACGACGAAAAGAAACUCUUAUCACUUUUACAAGAAUCUCAAGAAGAGCGCGAUGAAUUAUUAAGUCAACAGCGUCAAACACAUGAACGUAUACAAAAACUGGAAGAACAAUUAAAACAUUACGAAAGUGAAGGAGCUAAAAUGCGUGAUAAUGUUUUAUGUUCAAAAAUCAAAUUUGAAAAAAAAGCCGAUGAAAAUGAACGUCUAACAAAUGAUUUUAAUGAAAUGAAAAAAUCCUAUGAACGCCUUGAGCAAGAAAAUCAAAAAUUAAAAUUACAAGUUGAACAAGAACGAAAAAAAGCCGAAGAAUGUACAAAAUCGAAAACAUCAUCAGAUGUUGAAUUACAAAAUAUUCAAGAAAAAUUACGUACACAACGAUAUGAGCAUGAAACUAAAAUUGCAACAUUGGAUGACACAUUAAAAUAUUCACAAAAACAAUAUCAAACACUACAACAAAAUUAUCGUACAAUUGAAGAUAAAUAUGAAAAAGAAAUUCAUAGUCUAAAAGAACAUAUCAAUGAAUUAGAAAUAAAAAUUGAAGAAGUUAUUAAAGAUAAAGCAUUAGCAUCAAUACGUUGUGGAGAAUUAAUUGAAGAAAAUCGUAAAUUAGAAAAAGCUUUAAUCGAUAAAGAAGAUGAUUAUGAAGAAAAAAUAGCUGAAUACAGAGAGAAAAAUUCUCUACUAUCAACACAAAUUGAAGAUGUCGAAAAAAAAUUAACCGAUACAAAGAAACAACUUGAAUAUGUUACUAUUGAAAAAGAUGAAACUUUAGCUGAUAUGUUAAUUGCUGUUCGAGUUGCGAGUGAAAUGCGACAUGACGCUGAAGAUCGACUAAGUAAAGCUACAGAUGAUCUGAAACGUGUUACAGAACAUAUUGAACAAGAAAAAGCUAUCAACAAAGAAGUUCAACGAAGACAGAUGCAAUUACCACCAACAAGUCGAAGCAGUAAUGGAUUUAGUGAUUUUGGCCAUAUAAGAAUAAAAGAAAUGAUUCGUACACUAGAAGCCAAUUCACGAAAUGGUUCAUUAAGUACUCCAAUUGAGUUGCCGAUUCGACAACGACCUUUGUCCCAACCAUGUACACGUACAGAAACGAAUGCUAUACUAACAAACAGUCAUCAUCGACAACUUGGUACCACGACUGAUGAUGCUAAACUUUUAUCAUCAACAAGAAAACAUAAUUCUCCGCCGUCAUCAAAUUGUUUAAAUAAUAGUCAUCGAUCAGAUAUUUCACUUCGAUCGAUAACAAAUGAACAAUAUGAUGAAAUGAAAUCAAUAGUUGAAGCCGUUUUUGCUCGAAUGCCAGGAAGCGUUUGCAAGCGUGACGCUCUAUUGAAAUGGUGCGGUGAAAAAUUAGCAAAUUAUGGAAUCACAAUAACAAACUUUUCAAAUUCAUGGACAGAUGGUAUUGCAUUUUGUUCAUUAUUGCAUUCUUAUUUGCCUGAUCGUAUUGAUCUUGAUGUUAUUAAAAAUGAAUCAAAGAAAAAACGUUUUGAAAUUGCAUUCAGCGUUGCUAGUAGUGUUGGAAUUGUAACAAUAUUGGAUGUUGAAGAAAUGUGUUCUUCUGAAUGGCCUGAUUGGGAACGUGUUAUGUAUUAUGUUGCAUUAAUAUUUCGUCACUUUGAAGGAUUGAUACCAAGUCAACCUGUUUCACCAUCAAUGCCAAUACCGCAAGCAACAUCAUCACCCCUUUCAUCUUCAAACUCUUCACCAACAUUUUCAAGUUCAUCCUCAUCAUCGUCAGCGUCUUCGUCAUCGUCAUCAUUAUGCGCAUCUCUUCGAACAUCAAAUUCAAUCCCUACAACUCUAUGUUCAGCAUUGCAGACUGUAUAA